GUCUGGGGAACGUCAAGGCCCUGCCCCGCCCCCUGCGCCCCAGUAAAUUCGGACGGCGCUGUGAAGGUCGCUUGGCCCUGCGGGGCGGAGGCGCUUGAGGCCGGUCCUGCCAGUCCAACCCGGGCCGCUGACGCCUCCACCCUCGACCGCCUCGCCUGCUGCCCUCUCCGCGGCCGGCGGCGUCCUCACCACGGGGGAACCCGGGCUCGUCCGCGCCUCCCGGGCCGGGUUGCCUCCCAGGCCUCCCCCUCUAACCUCCCCGCCAGGCCAGGGGAGGUGACCUGGACCUGGCCUGUUUCACUCCCCAAAACUCAUGUUAUCUGCCGAAGGAGCUGGGAAGAGGAGGAGGCAGGAAGAAAAGGAGUCGGACAUGGCUCUUACUUGGGGAGGAGCAUUUUUGUUCGAGGGAUGUGCUUCUUGGGAUUCUCCAAGGCCGCCAUCAGUGUGCCCUCUCCCCAGGGAUGCUUAACAUUCAGGGAUGUGGCCAUAGAAUUCUCCCCAGAGGAAUGGAAAUGCCUGGAUGCUGCUCAGAGGACUCUAUAUAGGGAGGUGAUGCUGGAGAACUACAGGAACCUGGUCUCCCUAGGAAUCUUUCUUCCUAACGUGAGUGUUAUUUCUAUAUUGGAGCAAGGGAAAGAGCCCUGGACUGUGGAGAAUGAAAUGAAAAUAGCAAGAAACUCAAGUAGGUGGGAAUGUUGUAAAGGACUGAAUACAGAUAUCUCUCCUAAAUGUGUAAUAAAGGGUUCAUCACCAAAAGGGAAGAGCAGUACAGGAGAAAUAUUUAAAAGAGUGACACUAGAAAGACAUGAAAGGAAUAACAUUAAAGGCUUUUCAUUCAAGGAUGUCCAUAAGAAUAGACAUGGCUUUGAGUUGCACUGGAAAGAUACUGAAAGAAAUUACAACAGCAUGCUUGUGGUUCAGAAGGAAAGUCUCAUUGGUAGAAGAGGUCAAGGUGGUAAAAGGGACACAGAAAAUAAACUUAUGAAAAGUUGGCUUGACUUAAGCUUUCAGGCACAUCUGCCUGAACUGCAAGCACUUCAGUCUAAAGGAAAAACUGACAGUCAUGAAGGUGACGGGUCCAUCAACAAUGCUUCCUCAGUUUCACCACCACAAAGAAUUGCUUCUGUCAAAGCACAUAUUUCUCAGGAAUAUGGAAAUGACUUUAUUUAUUCUUCAUUACUCACAAGACAGAAAGCUCAUGUUAGAGAGAAAUCUUACCAAUGUAACGAGUGUGGCAAGGUCUUUGGUUACACCUCAUCUCUAGCACAUCAUCGGAGAAUUCAUACGGGAGAGAAACUAUACAAAUGUAUUGAAUGUGGCAAGGCAUUUUUCAGGCGUUCAUACCUUUUGGUACAUGAGAGACGUCAUACUGGAGCUAAGCCUUACAAAUGUAAUGAAUGCGGCAAAGUCUUCACUCAGAAUUCCUACCUUACAAGUCACCGGAGAAUUCAUACUGGGGAGAAACCUUACAAGUGUAAUGACUGUGGCAAAGCCUUCAGCGUGCGUUCAAACCUCACUAAGCAUCAGGUUAUCCACACAGGAGAAAAACCUUACAAGUGCAAUGAAUGUGGCAAGGUCUUCAGUCACGCUUCAGGCCUUGCAUUUCAUCGGAGAACCAUCCAUACUGGAGAGAAACCUUACAAAUGUGAUGAGUGUGGCAAGGUCUUCAUCCAGAACUCACACCUUGCCAGUCAUCGAGGGGUUCAUACUGGAGAGAAACCAUACAAGUGUAAUGAGUGUGGCAAAGUUUUCAGUCAGACAUCAAAUCUUGCAAGGCACUGGAGAGUUCAUACAGGAGAGAAACCUUACAAAUGUAAUGAAUGUGGCAAAGCCUUCAGCGUGCGUUUUACCUUAACUUCCCAUCAGGUUAUCCACACUGGAGAAAAACCUUACAAGUGUAAUGAAUGUGGUAAGGUCUUCAGACAGAUGUCAAGCCUUGCAAUUCACCAGAGAAUUCACACUGGAGAGAAACCUUACAAGUGCAAUCAGUGUGGAAAAGCCUUUAAUUCACAUUCUAACCUAAACACCCAUCAGGUGAUCCAUACUGGAGAAAAACCCUACAAAUGUUCUGAGUGUGGCAAGGUCUUCACUCAAAAUUCACACCUUGCAAAUCAUCGGAGAAUCCAUACUGGAGAGAAACCUUACAAGUGUAAUGAGUGUGGUAAAGCCUUUAGUGUGUACUCAAGCCUGACCACUCACAGGUCAUCCAUUCUGGAGAGAAACCUUACAAAUGUGACGAGUGUGGCAAGGUUUUCACGCAGAACUCACACCUUGCAAGUCACCGUAGGACUCAUACAGGAGAGAAACCAUUCAUGUGUGAUAAGUGUGGCAAAGCCUUUAGUGUGCGGUCAAGCCUUAUUACCCAUCAGGCAAUUCAUACUGGAGGAAAACCUUAUACAUGUAAAGACUGUGGCAAGGUCUUUAGUCGAAGUUCCAACCUUGCAAGCCAUCAGAGAAUUCAUGCUGGACAGAAACCUUGUAAGUGAAUGUAGUUGGUCACAACUUCUUGUAUAACAUCAGAUAUUUCAUUUUUAGGAGAAUCUUUAUAAAUGCAAUGAGUGUUAAAAGCCAUUUGUCAAUAGUUAAAACAUUAAUGGACAUAAGAGUUCAUACUGAAAAGAAAUCUUACAAAUUACACAGCACAAGCAUUAAUUCAAGUCCUACACUAGAUGCCAAAAUAUAUGUCUUUGAUGAAACCAUACAAAUGGACGGUACUUGUGUAGUUAGGCUAUUAAGAGAUGAUCAUAACUCUAGAUGAGGAUUUAUUCCAAAACCAGUUCAGUCUGUAGCUCUCUGUUGUAUUCUGCAGAAUAUUUCCAAUUAAAAAUAUGUGAAAACCCAUGACCUUAAAUACAUGAAAGGUACAAGGAUUUUGGAAAUACUCAUUAGCUUCCAGUUAUAAAUUAUUUUACCCAGUUAUUUGAGGUUUCUUUGCUAUUUUUGACUCUGAACUUGAAUUUUAAAACAUGUUCAUACUCUGUCUUCCUACCAGCCUUUUAUUGUGGCCUCUGAGAAAGAACUAGUAAGACAGAGAGGCUUUGGUAGGUAAGGGUCAUUUCUGUGUAAUGUCUGAGAAGGAGUUUGCCUUGAAGUUUAAAUAUUGUCUAAAUUCGCAACUGGAAAAGACAAUAAGGUAAAACUGACAAAUCAUCACAUUUAUUUGUGUACAUUGCAUCUGCAAAAGAGCACCAUGGUUGAUAGGAAUAAACAUGCUACCAAAUGGUUGUGCAGUAUAGCAAGCCAGGAAAUUAGGCCCUGGGGAGUUUAAUGGGCUAGGAAUGAUAAACUGGUAGGGACUGAGUAUGGAAGAAAUAAUAUAGAAAAAUGACCACCUUCUAUGUUGAGUGACAGUAAAUGUUAUAGAGCAAAUCAUGAAUGAAUGAUGUCAUUUUUCAAGUUGAAGAAAGAUCAAUUAUACUGUAGAGUGUAAUUGAAAGACUGGGAGGGGUGUAGCUCAGUGAUAGAACAUUUGUCUAGCAUGCACAAGACCCAGAGUUCAAUCCUCAGUACCACAAAGAUGAGUAAUUUUAAAAAUAGCAUUUUCUUGAGGAUCAUUGCAUUUAACCGCUGGUGUUAACAGCUUGCAAUUGCUUUAUUCAGAGUAUAUUAUUGGUCUGAUGUUUUAAUAAAAUUAAUCUUUUAGUAUGACUGUUC